UUCCGUCCGUCGUUCCUUCCUUCCUGCUUCGCCUGCACGUUUCGCGAUAUGGGUUAGCGCCUCCGAUCCGCCAGCACCACCUGAGGAUCCCGGAAGCCGUCCCCGCGAUGGAAGAGGACCAGGAGCUGGAGAGAAAAAUAUCUGGAUUGAAGACCUCAAUGGCUGAAGGCGAGAGGAAGACAGCCCUGGAAAUGGUCCAGGCAGCUGGAACAGAUAGACACUGUGUGACAUUUGUAUUGCACGAGGAGGACCAUACCCUAGGAAAUUCUCUUCGUUACAUGAUCAUGAAGAACCCGGAAGUGGAAUUUUGUGGUUACACUACAACCCAUCCUUCAGAAAGCAAAAUUAAUUUACGCAUUCAGACUCGGGGUGCUCUUCCAGCUGUUGAGCCAUUUCAGAGAGGCUUGAAUGAGCUCAUGAAUGUCUGCCAACAUGUGCUUGACAAGUUUGAGGCCAGCAUAAAGGAAUAUAAGGAUCAAAAAGCAAGCAGAAAUGAAUCCACAUUCUAGUCCCUUAUGCACUAUACGAGGAGGACUAUCCUCUAGGAUAUUCUCUUCGUGAUCUUGCAAAACCCAGAAGUAGAAGUUUGUGAUUACAACACGAUCUGUCCUUCAGAAAGGCGUGCUUCUAGCUAUGACCCAUUACAGCUGUUGGAAUCCCCGCAAGAACCUUUGUACUCAUCUAAUAAAUUCCCUCUUUUAUUUAAACUAA